AUGUAUUCAUCAAUUGAAACACCAUUAUCAUCAGAACAGCAUCAGCAACAGAAUAAUAAUAAUAAAUAUCAAUAUCAUAAUAUAAAUGCCUUUAAUACACAUUCAACUGCCAAUGCUGUCAGUAAAUUUUCAUCAUCAUCGCCAUCAUUGUUAUUGCUACCACCAUCCUCAUCUUCAUCUACAAUACUAACACAGUCGUCAUCAACAGGAGUCAAUAGUAAUGAAUGCGUGAAAUCAAUUAUCACACCAUCGAAUGAAUCACAUGAAAUGCAGCAGCAGUCAUCGACUUUAUAUAACACUAGAAACAAAUUUUCAUAUGGUGCCUAUAUUGCCGCUAGUAAUAACAAUAAUAAUGAUGUUACAUAUAGUAAAUCGUUCAACUGUAGGACAACGAUGGUUAACGAUAAAAUAAAACUUAGAGGGCCUUACUUACAAUAUAAAUUGAGUGAAAGAGACAAUAAUGGCAAUUAUCAGAAGCUAGAUCACAUUCCACAAUCGAUAUUGGAUAAUGGUGUGAAAACUAAUGAUAAAGUUCAUCAUAAUAAUAAAAAUGAUAACAAUAAUAAUAUUAAAAAUAACAAUAUUAACAAUGGUCAUGAGAAUGGGAUAUUAGGAUGUACGACUAUCUUACCUCGCGCCAAAAUAUCAAUAAAUAAUUCACUUUCCGAUGCAUCUGGAGUCGAUUAUAAUCUGAGGACACAGACGAUAGGACGAUAUCAUCCACAAAAGCAAAAACAGAACAUUAAUGACUAUAGGAUAUGUCAGAAAGCGAUAAAUGACAUUCCGACACCUUUUGUGCCUAACGAAAGAAAUCAACAUGCCGGAUAUAAUUUCUAUACAUUGCCUUCGACACGCCGUGAAAAUUCACAUCAACAGCAGCAGCAACAACAGAGAAGGAAUCAACAUAAUGCACCACCGAGUUAUGUAACACUCGAAAGUGCUUUAGAUUUUGAAUUUUUCCAUCAUCUAACGCCAACGCAAGGAUGGGCGUUAUUGUGUCAGUCAAUUCAAGCACUUCAGGACUUAUUUUUAUCAGAACCGCCAUCAAUCAAUCGGGUGAUGCCAGUUAUAACACCAAACAAUUUUUUACUAACAUCAAGGGGUCGUGUUGUGUAUGGAUUAUUGGCUAUCGAUAAAUAUAAUGACAGUGUAAAUGAGUACAUAUCUGAUGAAUUUCAUCAUUUCGUAGCCAGAAGAAAAACAAACUACAAUGAAUCAGAUAUCGAGAAGAUGUGGAUUUUUUCACUUGGUCGCACUCUCAUGAAAACACUUCCGAGAGCAACAACAUUAACAUCAAUAAAGUCAAUGCAAUCGGUGCAAAAUCAAUGUGCUAUAGUUCUACAAGCAACAAUCUAUAAAAUGUGUAAUUUCAAUGUAGAUGAGAGAGCAUCACUGAUGUUUCUACUUAAUAUUAUUUCCGAUUAUUGCAGAAAUGUUCAUCAAUCGAAACCAUUCAGUCACAUCAUUAUGGAUUUAUUUAAACGAGUUGUUCAAAAUAUAACAUUUCCUACACUUACUGAGCGUGAGGAGCGACAGGAUAGAGAAAAUAAUAACGAUAUACUGAGUAUUGAGACUUCGAAUAAGGAUGAAAUCAAAAGUGACACUGACUCUGGGCGAUCGUCAGAUUAUCGAGAUGAUAAUCCUCAACAAUCAGCAAAACCAAUGGAUAUAGAAACAUUUAAAUAUUUUUCAUUACCACGACCUAAAUACAGCAAUAGCGUCAGCAUGAGUAAUAUCCCGGAAAUUACACAACCAUCGCCCGACUAUUUAAAGCCUAAAUUACGUGAGACGGAUGAAAAUCAAAUCCAAAAUCCACGUGGCGGUCGAAGAUUUACUGUCGAUGUAUCCAGUAGUGAUGUUGCAACAGCAUUGGCUGAUAUCGGAAUCACAAAGAGAACAAUGUCUAGAUCCAGUUCAAAUCUUAAUGCGAUUUAUGAGGGCGAAAUGAGAAUUUCGACGCUUCCAAAUAUGAAGAUUAAGAGAGAUAAUGUUUUGAAGCAUGGCAAUGAAAAGAAGGCAUUAUCAGGACCAGAAUUCAUUGUGGAUUCAAAUACAGAAACAAAAGUUCUUGAUAUAACUGAUAAUAAGUGCUUGAAUAAAGGAACAGUCAAAGUUCUCUUAUUAAAUGGAAAAGUUUAUGACAUUAUCUGCGAUUCAAUUUCAACUACAGCAUUAAAGAUCUUCGAAGCGAUAAUUCGUACAGAACAAAUUCAUGAAAAUUACAUUUUCGGUCUGUGUGCUUUAAUCGGAGGCGAUUUUGUAUUCUUGCCAGCGGAUUUAAAAAUUUAUAAAGUCGCACCACAGAUGUGGAUACAAUCGACAAAUAAGAAGAUGACGACGGAAAUUAUAUCAUUCACUUUAUACAUGCGAAUAAAGUUUUUCUUGCCAACAUUACGAAUGCUCUCGCUUGAGUCACGACAUACCCUAUAUUUGCAGUUACGUAAAUCGGUUUUAGAAAAUCAUAUAAUUUGCACAGAUGAUGAUUUGAUAACUCUUGGCGGAUUAGCGUUGCAAGCUGAAGUCGGAGACUUUCAGGAGGAGAUGAAAUAUAUUGAAUAUUUCACAAUCUCACAAUAUUUACCCGAUGGAGUUUAUCAGCAGCAAAAAGAAUUGGCUAGAUAUUUAAGGAAUUCACAUUAUAGCAAACGUGGCCUUCAUCCAACCGAAGCGGAACAUAAUUUCAUAAGGUAUUUACAGCGAAUGAAAGAUUAUGGAUUUCAUUAUCUGAGCGGAAUUUGGGCACGCGAUGAUAAAAUUGAAUUGAGUGUCUAUAUUGGAAUUGGAUUAAAUGGAAUAUGCAUCUUUGAAAGAUACAACAGUGAUGUUAUGAUGAAUGCAAAAAGAGGCAGAGAUAUUAAUAAAAAAGGCAAUAAUAAGCGACUGCUUUAUGAGCAAUUUGAUUGGUUGGAGAUUGAGAAUUUAUGCUUUUCCAAGCAAAUUUUCUGUAUUGUUGUACGGAAGCUGAAUAUUAAUGCAAAUAAUAAUAAGAAUAAGGAUCGUGUAAAGUAUAAAAUCAAGAUGGACAACAGAAAGAGCUUCUUUGCAUUCAACAUUGCAUCCGAGCAUCAUAAGUUCUAUAUUAAAUUGAAAAAUAGUUUCAUGUCUAUAAAGUCAAUAGCAGAUGAAUUGAACAUAUCACUUAGCAAUCAGGAAGUAUGUCCUGAAUUGAAUAUCAAAAUUGAUAAAAUAUCAAAGACAAAUGGACCGAGAGUGAGAAAUUUAAAAAAGUCUGUUCUGAAUGAUACGAGAUUAAUGAAGUUAAAGGAUCGAAUUCUACGUCGCUCAAAGUCAACUGUCUGCGAUUUGAAGCGAAGCAUGGAGCAAAAUGUGAAUGAAAAUAAUUUAAACAAGGAAGUCGAACGGCCUCAAUUUCCAUCUAUGAUUGAUCUAUCAGUUAGAUCACCAAUUAUAAGGAAUAAGGUUAAAAUGGGAACUCGAGCAUUUUCAUCCUCCUCACAGCUCAAUAAAUCGUUUGAGAGUCUGAGUGAGAAUUAUCAGGAUAUGCUUCGAGUUGACUCGUGGGGUGCACUUAAUCUGAAGCAUUCGUUUGAUGAGGAAAAUAAUGAGGCAAAAUCGGAAGAGAAUAAUGAGGCUGUCGUCUUACAUUCCAGCAUAAAAAGCAGCAUGAAUCUUGGAAACAACUUUACAAUGCCAAAUGAGACGGUCCUUUCGACAUCAUUGGCAGAAAAGUUUGAGAAUUUAUCAUGCACAGGUGCAAAUGAUCGAAUUUUAUCACAAAUCAACAUAAUCAAAUGUCCAGUCUUCUCAGAACACUUGAUCCAUAAAUCUCAAUCAUUAAAGGACUUAGCAUUUAGUUCUAAUGUAGAUAGCUAUAUUACAGGAUAUUCAAUGGGUAUAUCCAUCAUUCAAGGGCAAACAGACAAUUAUGUUUAUGUCCGUGAAAUUAUCAAAAAUGGACCUGGCGAUAAGGCAGGAGUUAGAGUUGGUGAUCAAAUUGUUUCAGUUGAUGGACAGUCAUUAUUGAAUCUGCCGUACGGGAGAGCUUUAGAAAUAUUACAAAACACUGGAAAUGAAGUUAAUUUAAUAGUGUCGCAAAUAUUUAAUAGAAAAAUGACGAAACUACUCAAUAAUCUCAAUGAAGAGGAUGAAGAUGCUAUUAAUAAUCAGCAAAAUAUUAAUAAUAGUAAUAGGAAUUUUAUUAAUGACAGUUAUGAACUAAUUCACACAAAUCUCACGAUAACACCAUCGAAAAGUCUUCCAAAUUUGAAAAAUGUUGAGGAUUAUCAACAGCUUCCAAAAAUUGUCGCAAUAAUACCAAAAGGCAGCAUAAAUAUUGAUAUACCAAACUUAGUAGCUAAGCCCCCUCGAGCAUUGGGACAGUCGAGAAAAUAUACAGGCGCAUUAAAAUAUCCAACAACACCAGCAAAAAAGGAUAAAGAUUUAAGAAUGACGAUAUCACCACAUAUACAUAAAACACAUUUAUCAAUAGCGAGUGAAUCAGAUAGUUUAAUAAUAUGA